UUAGUACUGGAGUAGUGUGUGUGUGUACAUACGUUGUUCAUGUUGCGGCUGUUGGUAAUGGGAGGUUGUGUCUAAAUGCGUUGAUAUAUAUCAGAUAUUGAUAUAGUGGAGAGGAGAUAUGUUGGCUGUGAUAUUUGUAAUUAAUGUUUGACUCAGUUUUUGUAUUUAUUGUGAUAAGUGACUAAACCUCCAAACUAUUUAACACUUGAAAUAUUUAUUUUAAUUGUUCUUUUACUACGAAUAAUGAUGUCUAGAUCAGUGAGAGCUGAAACUAGAAGCCGUGCCAAAGAUGACAUUAAGCGGGUUAUGCAAGUAGUAGAUAAAGUUAGACAUUGGGAAAAGAAAUGGGUGACAAUCGGAGAAACUACAGUGAAAAUUUAUAAAUGGGUACCAAUACUAGGUAGUGAACAUAAGAAAAAAUCAAAAGACCAUGGGAACAAGGAAAAUGGAAUGCUUAAACGACCAGCUCUGGACUCCUCUAAUUCAAACUUUGGACUUGCCGAGGACUCAAACACAUGUUUUUCAACAGUAAGUGACUCUCAGGGUCCGACGGACUUCUCCGCACAGUUGGGCUUCUCCGAGGACUCCAACUCGCAAGGCAGUGAACCAGUCAGUAAAAGACUUAAAACUGAUUGAAUCUCUUGUAAUUACCUUGAUGAUGUUUAUAGGGCGCAGUUUAUAUUUAAUUUUGUACGUUUGUAUUGAUAAUAGUUUGUAAAAAGUGUUUGUGUUUGAAGAAGAAGAGAAAUUAGUUUACCUUUUAUGUAAUUGAAAUGUUUACUGAAGUUCUUGUAUAUUAUUUUACGGUUACUGUAUUUUAUUUUAGAAUUACUAGUAGCCAUAGCUUUUAUUGAAUUGAACUUUUUGACAAUUUUAUUUGUGUUUUUUCCUGAGAAUUUUAAGAACAUUUGUUUUAUAUCAUAGCACAUUGGAUGACAUUGUUGUAUAAAUUUAUCUAAGCUCAUAAAAAGAUUUUUAUAAUUUUGUGUAUUAUUAGCCCUCUGGGUGCCACGAUUUUUAACUUUGAGCUCCUUCCAGAAUACUAUGUAUGGUUUAAACAAAGCCAGGUUAUAAUAUAGGCCAGAUUGAUGCCCCCACCACAGUCACACUAUUCGUCCGGCUGGCCAUAUACUCAUGUAUUUAUCACAGCUGAUUGUAUAUAAGUACGCGAAUCAUCUGUCUGCUACAAACUUUUGUUUUAUAAAGAUUUACACAAAAUCUAAAUCUAAUGUUAAAAGAAAAUAUAACCCAUUUUAAUAAACAAACUACUCUUACAAACACAAAAUGUUUUCUAGCAAGUAUGGCAUUUAAUUAUUUUCAAUAGAAAAAUAAAAUUAUAAAAUAUUAAAAAUUAUGAGGCUAAGUCUACGAAUAUUCCCUGUGAGUGAAGCGGAGUGGUCGGGCGGGCCUUGUGUCGUCAUAGUGGUAGAACUCCAGCCUGUAUUAUAGUCUGACCUUGCUUAAGUCAGAGUAAUUAUAGCAGUACAGUAACUACUCAUCUAAGACAAUUUCCAUCACAAUAAAAUACCAUGUUAGGUCAGAUAUGAAGAUGUUUCGCCAAUAAAUGAACCUAAAAUUGUCACCCGAGUGAAAUUGAGAGAUAGUUGUGACAAUAACUUAGAUGAUUUAGGGGAUUUCAACCAGUUUAUCUGCUUGGAAAAUGUGCUGAAUGGACAGAAUGAAAGCAGAAAAGAUUUAAUAAAAUUAUAAACAAAAGCCUACUUGUGACUUGCAUGAUUGCUUAAUUGUUUCAUAUGAUUGCACUGUUUUAAUUUAUAUCAGUCUGUUUUUAGACAUGUAAAACUCAAAGGGUUAAUAUUUUAUAAUUGAUAAUGUUUUCCCUUUGUAUUAUGAUAAUGCCAUUUCAACAUGCUCUCCAGCCGUGAACUAUGCUAUAGUCAUUCUGGACAUUACUGCUUAAGUGCUAUGAACUGAACUUUUUGAAUAAGAAAAGUUGAACAAAAUGUUAUGCUAGAUUUAUUUUUAUUAUUUAAAAGUGUAAAGAGGUCAGUAAAGCUUGCAAACUAUUAGCUUUGCAUCCAACAUUUGAGUGAUCAGUAACAGAUACCAGAUUAUUGCAUUUUAGGUCAAUUUGAGGCCACUGUUACAGGGUAUUCUUUACAAUAUUUCAUUUAUUAAUAUUUGUAUGCGAUUGUUCACAAGUUAUGUUGAGGAAACAACUACAAACUGUGUUCUCACAUGAUGCAAUUACUGUGUGUUGGUGGUAAAUAACAUGAACAACAAUCUCUAGAUAUGAUAGUGGCUUGGCAGUGGACAUUGCAAUUUGUGUGUUCUUGUUGGGAAACAGUUAAUUCUCACUAACCAUUAAGACCACUUUUCAACAUAAACCAAACUGUUUUUGUCCUCUUAAACCAUACUAGUACGGUUAAUAGCAGGACAUAAUACUCACUCUCUGAUUUUCAAAGGAUUUUGAUAGCUAAAAUUACAAACCUCUAGCUCAAUUGGCUGGAAUCUGUCAAGUUAGUAGUGUGAUAACAUCACUUCAAACUGAUAAUUUUUACCUGUGGAGUGCCACAAGGAUCAAUUUUAGGUGCUCUACUUUUCACAUUUUACCUGAAUCUGUAGUCAAGUACUGCAAAUACCACUGCUAAUGAAAUGCAGAUCAAUUCAAUUCAAAUUCUCUUUAUUCAUGAAUGUACAGUUCAUACGAGUGAAUAGCGUCAUAAAUAACGCUAUUCUAUUAACAUCUCACUAACUAAAUAUUUACGUUAAUCUAAAACUAUUUAGCAAACUAUACACAGGACCCAGCAGGGAUCACUUCUGGCUGGUUUAUAUUUUCCAGUUGAACCCACACUGGGCACAGCAAAAACCAAUGUGUCAAUGUGGGUAACCUUAUGGAUGUCCAGGAGCGGCACAUCACUAACUGCAAAUGUUAAGAUUCUGGGGUGCAAGGGUAAUUCGAUAGGUCUAGUCUACUGUGGGAGAUGACUGUUGGAGUUGGUGGGGUUUGUUUACUGUUAUGUCAAAGGUUCUUCCUAGCCUAGACAUAAGGGUGUGCCACUCUCUGCCUGCUUUGACUGGAGAGGCUGUUUCAGAACUGGCUUCUUCUUCCGAGUGGACGUGACUUGAGAUUAGUGCCCUAAAUUCUUCCUCUUGGAUCUCGACAGGAGGUGGCUCCUACCCCAGCCUUACCUAUCCGGAAUAUCUUGUCAAUCUGGAAGCAGCGCAGAGGUCCUUGUAGGACUAGGUACAAUUUCUAAGCUUCUUGUCCGAAGAGAACAAAAAAGAAAACAAACUACACACAGUUCUAUACAUAUUUAGUAAAUUUAAAGUAUAGAUCUUCAUUUACUUUCCCUACAUCCACAUCAGAAUCAUUGCUAUCAAAAAAAUUGUGGUUUAAAAUCCAUGGCCUGAAACGAAAUGAUAUUAACACUUUGAAUGCUGAAAAAUAAAUAUAUACAAUCUCAUUUGGCUAAAAAUAUUUUAUGUCAUUUAUUUUAAUUUGUCUGAAACCAAUAUUUGUCUGUAUACACUGCUCGGCAGCGCUGGUGAAACUGACUAAAAGCAGUGUGAGCAGCACUUGUGUUAAAAAGUUAAUAUUCAUAAUAUACCAAUUAUGUUUACAAAAAGUUAUCAACAAUAUUAAGAUACUAGUUGUUAAUGAAAUCUUAUCAUAGAAUUAUUAAAAUAUGAAAAAUCUUGAUUUUAUUAUAAACUUUACUCAUUUCCAUGAUCACACAAAAAAUCUAUCUCAACACUUAUAGCUAAUUUUGAGUAAAUUGUGUUGUAGGCAUACUUUAUCACUUAUUAUAUAACCAUUAUAACUUUUGAUCAUUCAUAUGAAAGUAAUACUUAUAUCAGUUGUUAAUAAUUGUUGUAAUAUUAUUGUAAUAUGUUUAUGAUUUGUAUUUUAUACAGUGUCAAAAACGUCCCAGAAGAUUUGUUUAGGAUUGAAUAUAUGGGAAGCUUUGAACAUGACCAUAGGGCAUAUCUAUUGUACCAUCAUUGAUAUGAUCAUAUACCUCCAAACUAAAAAGUUUGAUGUAAAAAGAAAUUUUGUUAGUAAAUAUUUUUUUUAUUUCAAUAUUUAGGUAGAUUUGUUAUUAUAUGCAUAUAUAAAAUGCAGCAGAGUGGCUUAUUGCGUAUGUAACAACCGAACUUCUAAUAAAUAGUAUAUUUUGAAAAGAGGAGGUAAGUAAACAACUAAAAAUAUAGCUAAAGAAAUUAUAUUCUUUUUUAUCUCAUCAUUAAGCAAUCUGUACAUGGUGUUCUUAAACUGUACAGUGAUAUUUUUUAUACUUUUAUUUCUAGUAUAAAAAGUAAAUUUUUAAUAAAUCAUGAAAUAUAAAUAUCUUAAACACAGAAAUUAUGGCACGCUACUUUGACGUUUAUUAAACUGCUUGCAUUGAACGUUAAAAUUUUAUAUUGUCCAUCAACUCAUCUUAAGAUGUAUAAUGAUAAGGUGAAAAGUUUUACUGUUUGGUGAGUUUAAACCAUUAAAAAAUUGCUAAACUACAACUUCUAUGACACUAUGUACAUUGUUUUUGUUUUUAUGUUAAUAUCUGUAUACUUAUAAAUUUAUGAAAUUAUCUUUUUAAAAAAUGUAUGCUACAAACUGUCAACUCAUAACAAUUUGAGUUCUCUUUAUGUGUGUGCAAAAAUUAUUUUAUUUCUUUAGAUCAUAUUUAAAUGGUGAAGAAUAAUUAUAAUGGAUAAAAUGAUGAAGCCAAUAAAUUUGUCACAUGUUCCACCCGACCAGUUACUCUUAUUUUAUCACAUUGAUUGUUAUGCAAAGAUAACAAGCAUAUUUUUGAAGUUUUAUAUAGUGAACAUUAUAUUUUUGUUUCAAGACUGUACAUAUAUAUACUGUAUUUCUAUGUAUUGUGAAAAUAAAACAUGAUACAACCUGC